CCCCCCCACACACACACACACACUUAAAUGCGAUAGUGUCCUCGAUGGAGAAGAGGGAAGGGGAAUAAUGUUACCGUGAAAUGAGAUCCGGCACGGGGACUGGAAGGCAGACCGGUCAAUAGCAGGGGACUGGAGGGGGGACCAGUCCAAGGCACAGAGCUAAAGUCAUCAAAAGACACACACUGGGUGAAAGAACCGGAGUUCCAAAUCUACAAUCCAAAAAAACAAAGCAGAAAGAAACAAUAAAAACAUGGAGUCUCAGUCUGGAAAAGAAAUGAAGUGCAGAACCAGCCACUAGCCACUAAAACGCAUCGCCACCAUCGCCGGUGGGUGGAGGGUACUCGUCCUCAUACCACGGUGAUUGCACGAAGGGUUAGUGCACUGAGUUCGGGUCCAGGCCCAGGUAAGACAUGAUAUAGUGAUGGCCGGACAUAAGGCAACUGCUGCGGUCUCGCUCACGAUCGAGGCGGGUGUGAAUGCUCUCCUGGGCGGCCAAAAUGCGCUCGUUCUGUUGAGCGAUGGCCGCCAACUGGUGAGAAAUGGACACCGUGGGAGCAGGAGACCCUGGAGUAGCGAAGGGGCUCGCGGGGGUCUGGGCACGACGAACAGUACGGCGGGAAACCCAGCGCCCCCCAGCUGCGCUCGACUCUGGCUAGUCGCCCCCUUCAUGUUCAGGUGCAGGCGGCCGAGGGAGACCCGCAAUCCAGUGCAAACGCUAUUGUCGAGCAAGCAUGUGCUGAUGGCGGAGGGUGGCUGACUCGCUAUGACACAACUCCUAACAAAGGCCAAGUGUAACCAAUGAAAGGGACUGCAGUAUAGUGGCUCAAGUGAUAAAUAUCGAAUCCACGGGUCUCUAGAGUUACUAUUACUCAGCUUCAGUUUAUUAUUUAGCAAACCAGAUUAAGAUGAAAGAACUAAAACUUCUCUAGCAAACUACAGUUAAAGUUAAUCUAAUUACAGGUUGGGAACUCACUUAGGUAUGAUUCCCCCUAGCCACUAGCCAGAUUAACGAUUGAUGAUUUCUAACUUGUUUCACUUUCAUUCACAAUGUGGAGAAUCCUUGACUAAACCUUGAGUCUCAACUAAAGGAACAAGGCCCUCUUGAGUCAAUUGCCUAGAGGGACGUAUCCUUCUCUAGAACAACCGAUCAAGGCAUUCUGAACUAGAAUCCCUCUAUCGAAAGAGGUUCUCAAUCGAUACAAAGCAGUGAAUCAACCCUCGACUAAAGAAAUCUCGAUCGAGUACUAUCAAUCUAUGGUGCUCUAUUGACCUAAUCAGGUAUUCGCUCUCAUAGGAUCAAAGCAGAAUCAAUAAUCUCGACUAAAGCAGAAUUGAAUCAUGAAAACAUGCAUAGAUUGAAUAUGAACUCAAGGUUAUCAAGUCAGAGUACUCAUACAAUCAUCCAAUCAAACAAACAUAGCUAGGGUUCCUCAAAACCUAAGUGAAGGGAAGUUACUCCAUAGAGAAGAGAGAGACACGGCCGUGUUUUGCUUUUGCCCGCCCGUGUUUUUCCCCGUGUUAAAAACACGCCUGCGCGCAUCGGCCAAAACACGGUCGUGCCUAAAUAUGGACACAUCCGUAUUUUGAUUUAGGCGCGCCCGUGUUUUUACUGCCGAACUUGUUCCCCUGUAUUCAAUGCUUCGUUUCUCCCUCGUCCGGACUCCGAAUCAGUCGCCGUUUGAUCCUAGACGCUCGUAGUCUCGUCCUAUUUAUUUUCAUAACAAGCUUGAAUUAUUCUUUGUCCAUAAAGUGAGGUAGAAAUCCAUUCUUCUUCAGGUCAUGCCCGAGUUUCUUCUCCCUAAUCGCCAAUUGAUCUCUGAUUGACUUGAAACUUGCGCCUAUGCUUCACUUUAUGUGCUAGGACCUGAAAUGUGACAAAGGAACACAACUUAGAGUAAAAUAGGCCCAAGACGCGAUAAUUUAAACUCACACGAUCAAGAAACAAAGGGGAAAACAUGUGCAAAUAUCGAGUCAUCGAAUCCCCCCACACUUAACUAUUUGCUUGUCCCCAAGCAAACCUAACUCAAACCAAUGCAGCUCUCCAGACCUCUAUAGAAACAUACAACCCCGAUCGUUGGUAUAGGAUUUCCUAGAUCAUAUAGCAGAUUACGAGGUCAACUGGUCUUCUAAGACGUUCCCUAUCUCUCUCAAUGCGAGUACUAGACUCAAGCCAGGAUCAUGAGAAGAAGUAGAAGUGAGACAGUCAGUUCAUGGAUAAAGGGACUCACACCAUUCAUAACCAAGGACUCGUUGUACCGGGGUGCUCUUUCACUUCGUUUCACCAUUGGAACCCCUUUUUCACUUUCAUUUUACUUUUUUUUAUUUUUCAUUCACUUGGCGGGGAUUCCAACUACAGUCUUUUGCACGGUCGACCCUUAUUAGUCGAGCAAGAGCAAUUUCUGUACAUCUGGCGCGCCAGAGUACUUCUUUUAACUCCUUUUCCUCAACUCGCAUGGAGGGUCAAUGAAAUUAAGGGGUGUCG